AUGACUCGCGGCGGUCCAUGCCGUAUCGGCGUUGAUGUAGGUGGAACUAACACCGACGCCGCUAUCAUUGAAAUUUCGGCCUCGGAGACGGAAUCAAGAGGUGUACGUGCUUCAAGUAAGACACCUACAACAGUCGAUAUCACAUCUGGCAUUCAUACCGUGAUUGAGGAUGUCUUGUCAAAGUCGUCCGUUGAUCGACGGGAUAUCCUUAGUGUGGCUAUUGGCACAACACAUUUCGUGAAUGCCGUUGUGGAGGCAGAUGCACGACGACUUAGUAGGGUUGCUGUUGUUCGGCUCUGUGGCCCUUUCACAAAGAUGCUGCCGCCAUUUUCCGACUUUCCACCAGAGUUGAAGGAUAUUAUGAGCGGACCAGUUUUUUAUCUAGAUGGAGGUCUGGAAAUCGACGGGCGUGAGAUAAAUCCACUAAAUCAUGCCCAGAUCAAAGAGACCGUGCGAUCCAUCAAGGCCGCAGGGAUCGACAAAGUAGCUCUAGUGGGCAUAUUUUCUCCUCUCGACGCACAAGGACUCCACGAAGAAACAUGCAAGCGACUAAUGCUAGAGCAAGAUCCAUCCUUAUCAGUAGUAUGUUCACAUACAAUUGGAGAGAUCGGGCUCUUAGAGCGCGAAAAUGCGACGAUCCUGAAUGCCUCUAUCCUAAAUUUGGCCCGAAAAACAGUUCGUGCGUUCUGUGAAGCCAUGAAGAAGCUUCGUCUCGAUUGUCCCUUGUUCCUCACGCAAAAUGAUGGAACGUUAACCGAUGCUGCUACGGCGGCGGAGUUACCAAUCAAAACAUUCGCAUCUGGUCCAACAAACAGCAUGACAGGUGCAGCGUACUUAGCAUCAUUAGACCGUGGGGAGAGUAGGGCUCGCUCUGAGACUCAGGUGCUUGUGAUUGAUGUUGGUGGCACGACCAGUGAUGUUUGUGCAUUACUUCCGUCCGGAUUCCCGCGACAGGCGCCGAAUUUCGUUGAGGUUGGUGGUGUGCGUACUGCAUUUUCAAUGCCUGAAGUACUCUGUGUUGGGCUUGGGGGAGGUAGUCGGGUUAUCUAUGAUCAAGCUUCGGAUAGUGUUCAGGUUGGCCCGGAAUCAGUUGGACAUUAUCUGACUAGCCAGGCUUUGGUCUUUGGUGGCGAUGUCAUGACUACCACCGAUAUCGUUGUGGCUUCAGGGAAAGCGGAUAUUGGGGAUCUGAAGAGGGCGAGGGCUAUCUCGCCUAAUCUAGUUUCCAAAGCACGCAUGCAGAUCAAGAAGAUCCUUGAGCGAGCAGUUGAAGACAUGAAAGUCUCCGAUUUGCCUGUGACACUCCUACUCGUUGGUGGCGGGUCAAUCGUUCAGAUGGAUGAUCUAGAAGGUGUUGCUGAAUGUAUAAUCCCGCCACAUCAUGAUUCCGCAAAUGCCGUCGGAGCUGCGAUUGCGAAGGUAUCGGGUGAAGUUGACAUCAUUGAGAUCCUCGAUGGUCGAGAUGAGAAGACCGUGCUAGAAUAUGCAAAGCAGAAGGCCAUUGACACCGCUGUGGCUCAUGGCGCAGACAGAAACGACACUAAGAUUGUGUCCGUUGACAAGCUUCCUCUUCAGUACGUCACUAACAAGGCUACGCGGUUUGUUGUCAAAGCCGUUGGUAGACUGGCGAUAACUGGUGAUUAUUCCCCAUUAACAAAUGGAGCAUCUUCACGCGAAGAAUCUGAGGUUCACACCAACGGCGAGAGCCAUCCAGAGCCAGAAAAGCAAUACAAGAACAGAACUUCGGAAUCACUACAAUCCAGGGUAAAGUUCUCCGCCUUCAUGGACAUCGAAACUUACCAGCCCGAUGUUCGAAACGGUGUAUGGUACAUCUCUCCACUUGACCUAGAAUUCAUGGCAACGGGAACAGGCGUACUAGGCACUGGUGGUGGAGGCUCCUCAUACCUUGAAUAUUUACGAUGCCUGGAAAGCCUUCGAGAUUCUGGAAACAAAAUGCGUGUCGUGUCCCCCAGCUACAUGAAGGAUUCGGACAUUUGUGUCUUCGGAUCGUGGUAUGGUGCACCGAGCGUAGGCAAUGAGCGCUUAGCCUCCGGUACAGAGAUCAUGGACGCUAUAGAUGUUUCUGUCAGGAUGGGGGGUCAUAGCCAUUUUGAAGCCGUGAUAGCAGAUGAAAUCGGUGGUGGUAAUGGACUUUCGACGUUCCCUACCAGUGUCUACUAUGAUAUUCCUGUGGUGGAUGGUGACUUGAUGGGUCGUGCAUACCCAACAAUGGAGCAUGGCACACCAUACGUCUACGGUGAGCCUAUCACCCCUUGUGCGAUGGCAGAUGCUAGAGGAAACACAUCCGUGGUUAUGAAAGCCGAAUCAAACUCACGAGUCGAGACCAUGUUGCGUACGCAAUGUGUAGAUCUGGGACUCAGCAUUGCCAUUUCCGCUACACCCUUGGCUGGAAGGGUAAUCAAGCAGUAUGCCAUUCCGAACACGGUCUCACAAGCAUGGUACAUUGGACGUGCCAUCCACAGAGCCAGAAAAUCGAAGAGUAACCUCGUCAACUCAAUUUUCGAGACUACACCAGGUUACCUUCUCUACACCGGCAAGAUCAUCGACGUAAAAAGAGAUGUCCAAGAGGGAUAUACAAUGGGCCGGUGCACAAUCGUACCCCUCAACAACGAAGAACAAGACCUCGAUGGCCCAGCCAAGAUUCCCUUUGAUGACACCCGCUGCUUGAUAGUUCCAUUCCAGAACGAAUUCCUCUACGCUGCGUACGCAGACAUUGCUAACCCGGACGAUUCCUCCAAACAUGAGAUUGUCUGCACUGUCCCAGAUCUCAUCUCCAUUCUGGGACAAGAUGGUGAAGCGAUAGGAUCCCAGGAUCUGCGUUAUGGUCUUCGUGUUAAUGUGAUUGGUAUGGCUGCGCAUCCACUCUGGACUGGAGAUGAACGGGGACUAAGGGUUGGUGGACCGGCGGGAUUUGGAUUGGAUAUGGAGUGGAAGAGUAUUGGACCUUAUCAGGAGCCUCCAAGUGUGAUUGAUGAGUUUAAUAGAGGUGUUUAG